GUUACCGUGAAAGCAAGUUUAAAUCGAGAACCAACCGUACUACAGAUUUUCAUAGAACAUCGUAAAUGAGAAUAACAAUCUUUUAAAGAAAAAACACGAAAUAAAAAAACACAUAUUAAAUUCAGACAACUAAGUACAUAUCAGAAAAAAAAUUGUCGCGUAUCAAGUAAAUUAAUCGGACUGUGGUCGUUUUUUCCUGUGUGUAGCUCGCGUAAAUUCGAGUUUCGAAUUUUCAAAAGUUUUGUGCGCUCGCGAUCCCACAAAAUAGAAAAUCUAUUUAUCGUUUUAUGUGAGUUAUCAACUAAAGUGCUAACAAAAGUGUUUUAGUAACAGGAUAAAGAAGAGAAAAAAAACAAAACAAAAAAACAACCGAGAACAUUUCUCUUUUGCAAUUUUGGUGGUACAAAGAAAGAAAAAACACAUUACAUAAAAGAACAAGUGCGAAAAGUUUGGUUUCUUUUUUUUGCCUGGCUACAAAACCGCUAACAAACCCGUGGAUUAAAAGUUGUGGCUGCCUUCAGUUUUUGGCGAAUUCAGUUUAUUCAAUAAUCAAUUAGCUGGCGGUGAGAAGCGCACACUACACUAAGGGGAGAAAGUUAUUACCGAAACGUGUAAAAGAAAACGACUUUUGUUCAGUGCUUGUAAAAAUUCAAAAAUAGAUAACAAUUUUUUAUUUUUAUUUUUCAUCAAAGUGUGUUUGUGUUUCGAUCGGUGUGAAAAAAGAAUUGAAAAUUUAUAUCAAUAAUAAAGUUUUUAACAAUUUGCAAAGAGUUGAAUAGCAAAAAAAAAAAAACAAAGUUUCACGAAAAAGUGAUUUGAUACUUCGUAUUCUUUGGAUAUUUGGAUGGCAAAUUGAAAGAGGCCCGAAUGUGCGGUAAACCGGGCAGAUUUAAUUAAGAUUACAAAAAUAAGAAAAAAAAUUCAUUUGGGAAGAACCAUUUUGUUUUUGAAUUUAGAGAACAGUGGCACCACUGUGCUACAGGUGGUGACAAAAUGUGGGUGUCUUCAUUGACAUCGGCUCAUCGUUCAGCUACUGCUCAAUGCGGUGGUAGCCGUAACAAUGACAAACGAACAACAUCAACAGUUAAACAGCAUUUUCGGCCGUUCACAUGGAAUUUGGCGCUUAAUGUUUACGCUGCAAUUGUUCUACUUAAUACAUUUGGAUUAAUUUCGAAUUCGGUAGCACGUGCUGACACAUUCCAGUAUCCAGUUACAGCUCCGACCGGUAGCGGUUUAUUACCACCAGUAAAUAUAUCUGAAGUGCCAUGUCAGACUGGAAUGUUUCGAUGCCGGGAGGGUACGUGUAUACCGUCAUUGUGGGUGUGUAAUUAUCAAAAAGAUUGUAUGUGGGGAGAAGAUGAAUUUCAAUCGUGUCCCCCACCUGAAUGUGAUGCUGGUCAAAUAAAUUGUGGACAAUAUAUAUUUAAUAAGACAUACUGUAUGCCACCACACUAUCGCUGUGAUGGCGUGGUCGACUGCUCAGAUGGAAGUGACGAACAGGAUUGUACAUAUCGUAAUUGCCAAGCGGAUGACAUUCACUGCGGUUUGCCGAGUUCGACGUCGAGUAAGAAUGGUUAUUCGGCCGAUCCAUGUGUGCCAAAAGAGAAAAAAUGCGAUGGAUAUCUGGAUUGUCGUACCGGUCGUGAUGAGGACGGAUGUACCGGCGCAAGAUGUCGUUUGGAUCAAUUCCGCUGUGCUGACGGGAAAAAAUGUAUCGAUAACGCGUUAAAAUGUAAUCACAAAUCCGAUUGCGAUGACAAUAGUGACGAACAGGGUUGCAACUUCCCGCCAUGCCACGGAGGACAGUUCCGGUGUCAAAACGCUUUGUGUAUUCCGGCAACGUUUCACUGUGAUGGUUACCAUGACUGCAGUGACGAGUCUGAUGAAGCAAAUUGCACAGCAAUUGCGUGUCCAGAUAAUAAGUUCCUGUGUCCACGAGGUGGUCCAAAUGGCGCACCAAAAUGUAUCGCAAAAGCAUCACUUUGUGACGGAAAACAGGAUUGCGAGGAUAAUAGUGAUGAAGAAACAGCUUGCUCACAAACGGCCUGUGUAUCAUUGAGUUGUGAAUAUAAAUGUGCUUCAUCGUUAACCGGUGGCGUUUGCUAUUGUCCGCCUGGCCAAUCGUUGGCCAGCGAUAAUCGUUCCUGUACCGAUUUGGAUGAAUGCGCCGAAUGGGGUCAUUGUGAUCAGCUUUGUACAAAUACAGACGGUUCGUAUACAUGCUCUUGUGCGGCCGGUUAUACAUUGGUCGAUAAAUCUCGAUGCGGUGCACCGAAUUCAAGUGGUUUGGAAUUAAUUUUUGCCCACGAUAAUGCCGUUAUACGAAUGUCAAAUCACGGGCAAGAUGCUCGAAAUAUUGUGAAUGCAACGGGAGCCAGUGGUCUUGCGUAUCACAGUGCAAGAAAUUUAUUGUUUUGGUCGGACACAAAAACGCGAAAAGUCCAGUCGAUGCCAUUGAACGAAGGUGGUUUUGGUGGUACGGAUUUAUCGUUACCUGGAACAUGGGCACCAGUUGCAUUGGCCGUUGAUUGGAUCGGCGAUAAGCUUUAUGUGGCCGAUUUCAUUGGACAAAAAGUCGACGUAUUUGAAUUGGACAAUAAAUGGCAUGCCGUUGUGUUGGGUUCAAAUUUAACCAGUCCGGCCGAUUUAGCGUUGGAUCCAACGUCUGGUUUAAUGUUUGUUGCCGAUGGUGGACAAGUUUUGCGUGCCCAUAUGGAUGGAACGCAUGCCAGAGCUGUUGUUUCGGAAGCCGCUUACAAAGCCAGCGGUGUUGCUGUUGAUAUUAUCGCAAAACGUGUUUAUUGGUGUGAUUCAUUACUAGAUUACAUUGAAACGGUUGAUUAUGAUGGUUUACACCGUGUCAUGAUCUUAAGAGGUCAAAAUGUACCGAGCCCAAGUCGUUUGGGUCUAUUUGAAAAUCGUGUAUUUUGGACGGAUGCAACAAAACAAGGUAUUAUGUCAGUUGAUAAAUUCGAAGGCACUUCAAGCAUUCAAUCGAUUUUCAAGUCGAAAGAUAUUCGCGAACCAAAAGCCAUUAUCGCCGUUCAUCCAUUUUUACAGCCGCGCGUUUCAAAUCCAUGCGGUAAUAAUAAUGGUGGUUGUCAACAAAUGUGCAUUGUAACAGCGGUGAAAGGAGCACCAACUGGUUUGGGCUAUCGUUGCGCUUGUCACACCGGUCAUCAAUUAACCGCCGAUUUAAGAAAUUGUAAUUUGGUUGGUGAAUUUUUAAUGUACAGCCAACAACGUUUUAUCAAAGGAAAAGUGCUGGAACCGGUUAUCGAAGGUUUUAGCGAUGCUAUUUUACCGGUUGUUUCACGACGUGCUCGUUUUGUUGGUCUUGAUUUUGAUGCACGUGAUCAACAUAUUUACUAUUCGGAUGUAUUACAAGAUGUUAUUUAUCGUGUACAUCGCAAUGGAACCGGCCGUGAAAUUGUUUUGGCCUCACAAAAUGAAGGCGUCGAAGGAUUGGCCGUUGAUUGGGCAUCAAAGAAUUUGUAUUAUAUUGACAGUCGUAAAGGUACAUUGAAUGUACUGUCCACACGGAAUGUAACAUAUCGUCGAACAUUAUUGAAAAAUUUAAAGAGACCACGUGCUAUUGUGGUGCAUCCAAAUAAAGGAUAUAUUUUCUUCUCCGAAUGGGAUCGACCGGCCAAUAUAACACGUGCAAAUGCCGAUGGAAGUGGCAUUUUAGUAUUCAAGAAUGUAACACUGGGAUGGCCAAAUGGUUUGUCUAUUGAUUUUAAAGAGGACAGAGUUUAUUGGUGUGAUGCUUUACUAGAUCAUGUACAACAUGCAAAUCUUGAUGGUUCCGAUAUUAAAACAGUUAAUUCACGCUUAAUUAGACACCCAUUCUCAAUUGUAAUACACGAAGAAUGGAUGUAUAUCACUGAUUGGCGACUCGAUGCUAUCGUUCGCAUGCAUAAAUUAACCGGCGAACAAGAAGAAAUUAUGGUCAGAGAACCACAAACAAAUCGAUUGUAUGGCGUUAAAGUGUAUAGCUAUUCGGUGCAAACGGUUGAAGCAACACAACCAUGUGCCAUUAACAAUGGUGGUUGUGAGAAAAUUUGCUUUGCUGUACCAGUGAAUGGAUCACAUUUAUUGACGGUGAAAUGUGCAUGCCCGUAUGGUGAACGAAUUAAUGAUGACGGACAAACAUGUAUACCCGAUCCAAAUGCCGAACCACCGGUACUUGCAUGUCCAAACUCAUGGGAUUUCACGUGCAACAAUCAACGUUGCAUUCCAAAAUCAUGGCUAUGCGAUGGAGAUGAUGAUUGUCUCGACAACUCAGACGAAGAACAUAAUUGCACAAAGCCAACUUGUGGAUCGAACGAAUUCCAAUGUAAUUCGGGACGUUGUAUACCAUUGAGUUUCCGUUGCGAUCAAGAAAAUGACUGUGGUGAUCAUUCUGAUGAAUUCGAAUGUGGAAAUGUUACAUGCGCCGCGUCCCAAUUUGCCUGUGCUAAUGGACGGUGUAUUCCAAAUAUGUGGCGUUGCGACAGCGAAAACGAUUGUGGCGAUGGCUCUGACGAAGGUGAUUUCUGCGCUGAAAAAACGUGUGCUUACUUCCAAUUUACUUGUCCGCGAACUGGACACUGUAUACCACAGUCAUGGGUUUGCGAUGGCGAUGAUGACUGCUUUGACAAACAAGAUGAAAAAGAUUGUCCGCCGAUAUCGUGCUUAGCAAAUCAGUUUAAGUGUGCUGACCUGCGGCAAUGUGUAGAAGAAUCAUAUAAAUGCGAUGGCAUACCGGAUUGUAACGAUGGUAGCGAUGAAUUGGGUUGUCCAUCAAUGGGACCGAAUCAAUGUAAUCAAGAAAAACACUUCCGAUGCAAAUCGUCUGGUAUUUGUAUACCAAUUUCAUGGCAUUGUGAUGGUUCAAAUGACUGCGACGAUCAUUCUGAUGAAGAAGAAUGUGGUACAAUCUCAUGCCCAACCAAUUUCUACAAAUGUAAUAAUUCAAAUUGCGUAUUCAAAGCGUAUGUUUGUGAUGGCAAGGAUGAUUGCGGUGAUAAUAGUGACGAAAGUUCGAUACAUGCAUGCGUACCACCUCCGUUCAGAUGUCCAACCGGCCAAUGGUUGUGUCCAAAUGUGACCGGUCGCUGUGUGAAUAUGACAUCGGUUUGUGAUGGAAUCUAUGAUUGUCCAAACGGUGCUGAUGAAGGUCCUGGUUGUGAUUUAGCCGAAUGUCAACAUCAAUCCGGUUUAUGUUCGAAUGGAUGUCAGAAAACGCCAAACGGUGCAUUGUGCAUAUGUCCACCGGGUGAAGAGCUGAGCACUGACGGCUACACAUGUAAAGAUUUGAAUGAAUGUGAUCCGCCUGGUUUGUGUUCACAAACAUGUACGAAUACCAAAGGAUCUUACUUCUGUUCAUGUGUCGAUGGUUAUAUUUUGGAACCAAAUAAGCAUUCGUGUAAAGCUGUGAAUCAUACAGCCGCAUUCUUGAUCAUAUCAAAUCGUCAUUCGAUUUUGGUGGCCGAUUUGAAAGAGCAAGGCCUGGAACGUGUACCAAUUAUUGUUGAAAAUGUUGUGGCAACCGCAUCAAAUAUGCGAACCGGCACCAUAUUCUGGAGUGAUAUGAAAUUGAAAAAAAUUUCACGUUUGGAUCGUGGCAUGGAACCAAUUGACAUCAUAACAACUGGUUUGGAUUUGGUUGAAGGUCUUGCAUACGAUUGGAUUGGUCAGAAUUUGUAUUGGUUGGAUAGUAAAUUGAAUACGAUUGAAGUGUGCAGCGAAAUGGGUGCAAAUCGUUUGGUGCUUGUUCGUGAAAAUAUUACACAACCACGUGGCAUGUGCUUAGAUCCAGCACCGGGUGCACGAUGGAUUUUCUGGACCGAUUGGGGUGAAAAUCCACGCAUCGAACGUAUCGGUAUGGAUGGUACAAUGCGACAAACAAUCAUUAAUACGAAAAUUUAUUGGCCAAAUGGUUUGACUUUGGAUACGGCAACAAAACGUGUUUACUUUGCCGAUUCAAAACUGGAUUUCAUCGAUUUUUGUUAUUACAAUGGAACCGGACGUCAACAGGUGUUGGCAUCCAGUCAUUAUUUAUUGCAUCCACAUUCGUUAUCGCUGUUUGAAGACACGUUAUACUGGACCGAUCGUCAAUUAAAUCGAGUUUUAUCCGCACACAAAUUCAAAGGUGACAAUCAAACCGUUGUAUCGCACUUAAUUUCACAACCACUUUCGAUUCAUGUGCAUCAUCCAUCGUUGCAACCGAUUUUGUCAAAUCCAUGUGAAAAUGCACAUUGUGCGCACAUGUGCCUGCUCAGUCCAAGUUCAAAGAGCGGCUACACAUGCAAGUGCAAACCAGGCUAUCGUCUAUUGGAAUCAGAUGGAAAAUGUUUGCAAGAGGAGAAUUCGUAUUUGAUGGUGCUGAAGAGCAAUCAAAUUGUCGAUGUACCAUUGAAUGGUGGCGACGCAAGAGCCGGAGCAUUAACGCCAGUUGUUGGAAUCGAUGGUGGAAUCGUUUUAGAUUUCGAUCGUAAGGGUGAAAUGUUGUAUUGGGUACAAAGCAAGGGUGGCGAACAAGACGAUGAGAAUUGUACAAUUUAUGCAACACCAUACGGUGGUGGAAACAAGACUGAUUUCCUUGGAGCCGAUACCGGCAUUGUUGGUGCACCAUAUGUAAUUGCAUUCGAAUGGUUGGGACGCAAUUUGAUUAUUGGUAAUCGUAUGGCAAGCAACAUUGAAAUCAUUCGCGUUGAUGGCAAAGUAAAACAUCGUACAAUUUUAAUUGCAAACAACGGAAAUAAGACAUCAGUUGGUCGACCAAAGGCGAUUGCAUUAGAUCCAAAUGAUGGAAAAAUGUAUUGGAUUGAUGAUGGUGGUUCGGGUGUGCCAUCGAAAGUGGCACGAGCCAAUAUGGACGGUUCGAAUCCAAUAAUUUUAGUCGAAAAUGUCGAUCAUCUGGAAUCGAUUGCCGUCGAUACUGAUCGCAAGAUUGUUUACUACAGCACACAAAAUCCAGCUACUAUUAUGGCAGUCAAUACAGACGGUUCGAAUAAACGGGUUUUGCUCGAGGAAAAGGACCACAUUGCUCGGCCAAGAAGUUUAGGUGUUUUAGAGUCUCGAUUGUAUUUCCUCGAUCCAGUUUAUGAGAAAAUUGUUCGCGUCGAUUUGCCCAACGGUGAAAAUGCCAAAAUAAUCAUUGACAAUGAAGCGGAUUUGAAGGGAAUGAUAGUAUUCAAGAAACGUUCAACAAUGCUGCAUCCAUGUCAAUCGAAUAACGGCGGUUGCGAACACAUUUGUGUACCACAAGAGGGUGGCUUGAAAACGUGCUUGUGCGGCAUGGGCUAUCGCAAAGACGAUGAAAUGGCAUGCGUUCAAUACAAAACAUUUGCGGUUGUAUCACAAUUGGAUGUUACACGUGGUUACAGUUUGAAAGAUAGUGCCGAUGCGAUGCAGCCAAUUGCUGGUCCCGGUCAUCACAUUUUACAUGUCGAUGUUAUCUAUCGCGAUUCAUGGAUCUAUUGGGCGGAAUACAAUCGUGGCCAUUGGAAUGGAAUAUUCCGAAUUAGACCGAAUGGCACCGAAAUUCAACACAUUAUCAAAGAUGGCAUUGGCAGCAAUGGCAUUCGUGGUCUCACCAUCGAUUGGAUUGCCGGCAAUUUAUAUUUCACAAAUGUAUUCCCGCAUGAAAAUUACGUUGAAGUUUGUUGGGUUGAUGGAUCCAAUCGAAAGGUAAUUGUAAAGACAACCAGCGAUGCACCACGUGAAUUGGCUGUGAAUCCAAUAAAACGACUUUUGUACUGGAUCGAUUACGGACAAUAUCCACGUAUUGGAAAAGCCUAUUUGGACGGUUCGAAUUGGACACCGAUUGUAACAUCGGGAAUUUCAAAUCCACGCGAUUUAACCGUUGAUAUGUUAACGCACGAUGUGUAUUGGGUCGAUUCAAAAUUGGAUAUGAUUCAAAAGAUUUCGUACACCGGUGGUAAUCGUCAAAUUAUUCGCGGUAAUCUUCCGAAUCCAAUGGGCAUUGCCAUUCAUUUGGGCGAUGUAUAUUGGGUUGAUCGUAAUUUACAAGCCGUUUUCAAAGCAUCAAAACUCAUCGGAAACACCACGCUACCGACAAAAGUACGAACCAAUUUGGAGAAAUUACGUGACAUUGCCAUUUAUGAUAUAAACAAUCAACCGACCGAUGAGAAUAAUCCAUGCUUACGAUAUGGCAAUGGUGGUUGUGAUCAAUUGUGUUUCAGUUUUCCGCCGGAUGCAUCGCCAUCAUCGUCUCGGCCAAACUUCCGUUGCGAAUGUGCGACCGGUGUUUUGGCACAAGAUAACCGAAAAUGUGAUAUUGUUGAUGAGUACCUUGUAUUUGCUACACGCACCGAAAUUCGAGCCAUUAGCUUAGAUCCGCGUUCAACAAAUGUUCCAUUUAAACCGGUCAGCAAUUUAACAAAUGUUGUUGGCAUCGAUUUUGAUUUUGCAGACAAUAAAUUAUUCUUUACACAAAUCCGUCCAUGGGCAAAGAUUGCAUAUGCAAGUGCAGCACAACCGUCUUCGAGUAAUAUUGUGCCGGUGAUAAGCAAAGGAAUUAAUCCAGAGGGUAUUGCCUACGAUUGGACACAGAAAAAAGUCUAUUGGACAGACAGUUCAAAUAAUUCGAUUUAUGCAAUGAAUUUGGAUGGCAGCGAAUUGGUGAUGAUUGCACGAGUUGAACGUCCACGUGCUAUCGUUUUAGAUCCAUGCAAUGGUACAUUGUUCUUUACCGAUUGGGGACGAUUUGGUACGAGCGGCAAAAUCUUCAAAACAACAAUGGCCGGUUCGUUGAAACGAGCCAUCAUCGAUCGUGACUUGUCACAACCGAGCGGUUUGACCAUUGAUUAUGAUGAACGCAUGCUCUAUUGGACAGAUGCGGUACGUGAGAAAAUCGAACGAUCACAAUUGGAUGGAAAGGGUAGAGAAGUUUUAGUUGCUGCCACCAUUUAUCCAUUUGCUAUUACCGUGUUUAGAAACUAUAUUUAUUGGACCGAUUUACAAUUGCGCGGUGUUUAUCGAGCUGAAAAACAUACUGGUGCUAAUAUGAUUGAAAUGGUAAAACGGCUCGAUGAUUCACCACGCGACAUUCAAGUGUAUAGUACGUCACGACAAAAAUGCCAAGCAAAUCCAUGUGCACAAAAUAAUGGUGGAUGCACACACAGCUGUCAUCCGGGCAUGAAUGGCAAAGCUGAAUGUAGAUGUGACGAAAAUUCGAAAUUGGUCAACGAAGGACGAAUGUGCGUAUCCAAGAACUACACAUGUGAUGAAAGUCGAUUCUUAUGCAAAAAUGGCAAAUGUAUUUCAAGAAUGUGGGCUUGCGAUAACGACGACGAUUGCGGUGAUGGCAGUGACGAAGAUAAGAACUACUGCACAUUCCAUUCAUGUUCACCAAACGAAUACCGAUGUAAAAACGGACGUUGUAUCUUCAAUUCAUGGCGUUGUGAUCACGAAAACGAUUGUAAAGAUGGAUCGGAUGAGGAAAAUUGCACAUAUCCACCCUGUGUCGAUGGUGAAUUUACAUGUCUCAACGGCAGAUGUAUCCCACAAUCACAAGUUUGCAAUGGCGUUAACGAUUGCAAAGACAACGCAACAUCCGAUGAAACACACGAACGUUGUCCACAGAACACUACUUGUCCACCAAAUCAUCUUAAAUGCGAGAAAACCAACAUUUGCGUCGAACCAUACUGGCUUUGUGACGGCGACAAUGAUUGUGGUGACAAUUCAGACGAAGAUCCAUUGCAUUGUGCUCAACGAACCUGUCCACAGAACAGUUUCAGAUGUCCAAAUCAUAGAUGCAUCCCGGCCACUUGGUAUUGUGAUGGAGAUGAUGAUUGCGGAGAUGCAGCCGAUGAACCGCCAGAAUACUGUGAAUCUGAAGGUCGAACAUGCUUCGGUGAUCUCUUUACUUGCGACAAUGGCAAUUGUAUACCACGAAUUUACAUUUGUGAUGGUGAUAAUGAUUGUUUGGAUAACAGCGAUGAAGAUGAUCGUCAUCAAUGCAACAAUCGCAAAUGUGACGAAGAAACUGAGUUUACAUGCGAUGAAAAUAAAGCUUGGGGAAGAUCACAAUGUAUUCCAAAGAAAUGGAUUUGCGAUGGCGAUCCUGAUUGCGUUGACGGAGCUGAUGAAAAUGUGACGCUCCAUCAUUGUGCCACACCACAGCCAUGCGGUGAAGAUAUGUUUACAUGCGAAAAUGGACGCUGUAUCAACAAAGGAUGGUUGUGCGACCACGAUAACGAUUGUGGUGAUGGAAGUGACGAAGGCAAAUUCUGUAAUUCACAAUACAAAACAUGUUCACCUCAUGAAUUCACAUGCCAAAACUUCAAGUGUAUUCGUUCGCAGUAUCGCUGUGAUGGAGAAGAUGAUUGUGGCGAUAAAAGUGAUGAAGUGGGUUGUUCGAAGAAAGAUAAUAGCACAUGUGUGACUGGACAAUUUACAUGCAACAAUGGUCAAUGCAUCGAUUAUCAACUUGUUUGCAACAAAGUUGCCGAUUGUUCCGAUGAAUCGGAUGAGCCGCUUCAUUGCAACGUGGACGAAUGUGCUAAAGUUGAAAUUCAUCAAUGUGGACACAAAUGUGUUGAUACGCUCACUGGUUACUUCUGCGAUUGUAAUCAAGGAUACAAAUUACUUGCUGAUGGUAAAGCGUGUGCUGAUAUAGACGAAUGUCUCGAAACGCCAGGCGUAUGUUCACAGCACUGUUCCAACACACCAGGCGGCUAUUAUUGUAAAUGUGAUGAACGAUACUAUGAGCGUCAAAUUGAUGAGCAUACAUGCAAACGCAAAGACAGCACCAAACCAUGGGUUAUUUUUACAAAUAAAUAUUAUUUGCGAAAUAUGUCAGCGGAUGGUCAUCAAAUGAAUUUGGUGCAUCAAGAUUUAAUGAAUGUGGUUGCAUUAGAUUUUGAUAUCAAAGAAAAUUACAUGUAUUUCUGUGAUGUAACGGCAAAGACAAUUUUCCGUUCGAAAACCAUCGAUCCCGCUUCCGAAGAGAUACCAACCAAAGAGCCGGUCAUUCGUCAUGAUUCGCAUGGCUUAGAGGGUAUAUCGGUUGAUUGGGUGGGUCGUAAAUUGUACUGGCUUGAUCGACACUCAAAGAAUUUGGACGUCGCCGAAUUGGAUGGAACAAAACGCAAAACAUUGCGCAGUGGAAUUGUUGAUCCUCGUGCCAUUGUUGUGCAUCCAGGUAUCGGAUAUUUGUACUUUACAUCAUGGCACUUGCAGGCAUACAUUGCCAAAAUGGGAAUGGAUGGUUCGAAUUUCACACGAAUUUUGACAUGGGAAGAUGAUAUCGCCUGGCCAAAUGCUUUAACUAUUGAUUUCUUCACCGAUCGCAUCUAUUGGGCUGACGCUCAUUUGGAUUACAUUGCGUUCGCUGAUUUGGAGGGUCGUCAUCGACACAUUGUCAUGUCUGGUACUAAGGUUCCGCAUGUUUUCGCUUUGUCACUAUUCGAUGAUAUGCUCUAUUGGACCGAUUGGAAUUUGAAAGCAAUUAUGCGAGCAAAUAAAUUCACUGGAAAAGAACUACAAGUAUUGAGAAACACAACACAUCGACCGUAUGACAUUCAUGUGCAUCAUCCAUUGAGACAAGUUGCAUACACAAAUCCAUGCGGUGAUUCGAACGGAGGAUGUUCACAUUUGUGUUUGUUGGCACCACCAGCCGAAUCGACCUAUCUCAACAUUGAAGGAUACAUUGAAGAAGGAGCACCAAGCUAUAAAUGCGCUUGUCCAAAUCAAUUCUAUCUGGCACGAGAUUCAAAAACUUGCAUCGCCAACUGUACCGCCGGACAACAUCGUUGUGGUGGUGAUGACGAGAAAUGUAUUCCUUGGUUCUGGAAAUGUGACGGCGAAAAAGACUGCAAGGACGGAAGCGAUGAACCAACCUCAUGUGCACCGCGACAUUGUCGUGCCGGAACAUUCCAAUGCGGUAACACAAAUUGUACACCUUCAGCAACGAUUUGUGAUGGUACGGACGAUUGUGGCGAUGGAAGCGAUGAACGAAACUGUAACUUGCCUUGCCCAGAUUCAGAUUUCAAGUGCAAACAAAGCGGACGAUGCAUUUUGUCGAGCUGGUCUUGUGAUGGUGAGCCCGACUGUAAUGAUGGUAGCGAUGAAGAUCCGCAUGUCUGCACAAACCGAAAAUGUGAUCCAGAAACAGAAUUUACUUGCAAGAAUGGUCGUUGUAUUGCUAAACUGUGGAUGUGUGACUUCGAUAAUGAUUGUGGUGAUGAUUCAGAUGAACCGGCUUACAUGUGUCGCCAACGAAAUUGUACAACUGGAUGGCAACGGUGUCCAGGUCAGUCGAACUAUCGAUGCAUACCAAAAUGGUUAUUCUGCGAUGGAAAAGAUGAUUGUAGAGACAACAGCGAUGAAUUGCCAGAAAAUUGUCCGGUGUGCAACAGUGAGACUGAUUUCAAAUGCUCGAACAACAGAUGUAUUCCAAAACAAUGGACUUGCGAUUUUAGCGAUGAUUGCGGUGAUGGAAGUGAUGAAACCGAAGCUCAGUGCAAAGGCAAAUAUCGUGAGUGCUCCGAAUCUGAAUUCCGUUGUACAAAUGGCAAGUGCAUAUCAUCAAGAUGGCGUUGUGAUCAUGAAGAUGAUUGUGGUGACUCGAGCGAUGAAAUGAAUUGUGAAAACUAUCAGUGCAAGAAUGGAACGUUCCAAUGCGCUUCUGGUCAUUGUAUUGCUGCUCAUUUCCGAUGCGAUGGUGACAGAGAUUGCCGUGACAUGAGCGACGAAGCGAACUGUCCAGCUCGAUUCCCAGGCGGUCGUUAUUGUCCUGAAUCUAGAUUCCAAUGUGGUAAUCAUCUCUGCGUUGCCAUGUCUGAUCUUUGUGACGGUACGGAUGAUUGUGGCGAUCAAUCUGAUGAAGCGCCAUCUGUUUGCUCCAAUUUCAAUUGUGAUACAUUACGUCGAUUCCAAUGCGAUAAUCAUCGUUGCAUUGCACGAUAUCAAAUUUGCGACGGUGUCGAUAAUUGCGGUGACGGAAGUGAUGAGAACAAUAUGACAUUGUGUGCAACGAAACAGAAGCCAUGCGAUCAAAUCAAUCAAUUCAAGUGCGCCAAUAAGAAAUGCAUUGACAGAAAGAACGUGUGCGAUUUUGCAGAUGACUGCGGUGACAAAUCCGAUGAAUUGGGCUGUCAUCAUACAUUGCAUUGUGGAGCUACCGACGUUGGUGGUGGUUGUGAACAGCAUUGUGCAAAUUUAACAGACGGUGGAUACAUUUGUCAUUGCUUCAACGGCUAUAUAAUAUCGGAUGAUAAUCGAAAGAAAUGUGUCGAUAUUGAUGAAUGUGCAACCGGACAUCAUACAUGCAGUCACAUGUGUAAGAACCUGAACGGAACAUACUCAUGUUCAUGUCGCGAUGGAUUCCGUGCAUCGGACGGUUUGUCAGGUGUUUGCCGUGCAAUAAAAGAAGAUAUAACGCUGGUGUUUGCAAAUGGAGAUGAAAUUCGAGCAUUAGAUUUGACAAAACAAGAUGAAUUCGAUGUGAUACAGUCUGAAAAACGAAUCGAAGCAUUGGAUUACAACACUGAAACCCAAAUAAUCUUCUGGGCCGAUAGCUACGAUAAGACAAUCAAACGAUCGUAUAUGGUGAAUGCGCAAAAUGGCCAAGCAAAGAUUGGAUUCGCACAGGAUUUGAAUAUGAAAGGAAAUUCAAAACCAACCGCCGUCGCUGUUGAUUGGGUGGCCGAUAAUUUGUAUUGGACUGAAGUUGAUCGAACCGGAACAAAACCACGUGGUCGUGUACUUGUUGCCAAAACAGACGGUCGUUAUCGUCGAGCACUUGUGAGUGCCGGUUUAGAAGUACCAACAUCAAUUGCAGUGAAUCCACAAUUGGGACGAAUGUACUGGGGCGAUGCUGGUGGUGCGCCGAAAAUUGAAGUCUCAUGGAUGGAUGGCUCGAAGCGAAGACCAUUGAUUACAGAUGCCAUUCGUCAUCCAGCCGGUAUAACCAUCGAUUAUGCACAAGAUCAUCAAAUUUACUGGGUCGAUACCAAAUUAAACACGAUCGAAACAAUGCGACCGGAUGGCACUUUGAGAACCUCAAUUUUAAAAGGUGAAAACCUACGUCAUCCAAUUGCAUUGGAUGUUUUUGAAUCGAAUGUUUACUGGGCAACACGUGACACUGGUGAAUUGGUGCGACAAGAUAAAUUCGGUCGUGGUGUUCCGGUUACAUUACAAAAGAAUCUAGUGAAUCCAUCGGGCAUUAAAGUUUACCACGAAAUGCGAUACAAUACAUCGCUGAAGAAUCCAUGCUUUAAGAGUGGAUGUUCGCAUUUGUGUUUGCUUGUACCAGGUGGCCGACGAUGUGCUUGUCCAGAUAAUACAGCACCGAUGACGUCACAUCGCAGUACCGUCGAAGUGAUUUGUGAUGCGGCCGCUGAAAGACCACGACCAUCACCACGAAUUUGCCCAUGCCAAAAUGGUGGUGUGUGUCAAGAAGAUGACUCCGGUGAUUUGAUGUGCGUAUGCUUACCAGAUUUUGCUGGUGCAAAUUGUGAACGCUCAAUGGGCAGCUCAUACAGUCAUGGAGGCGGUGCCUUUGCAGCUGUUUUUGUUCCAAUCAUGGUUAUCGCUUUAGUGUCGCUAGCUGGAGCUGGCGUUUGGUAUGUCAUCCGAAAGAGACCAUUUGGUAAAAUGGCAAGAUUGAGCAGCUUAUCACCAUCGCAAAGCGUUUCAUUCCGUCACGGAACGAAUGUGGAAUUCAAUUCGCCAAACUUUAAUCAAGCAACAAAUGGACCGCUCGAUCCAAAUGUGCCGCCAAUGGAAGGAUAUAAUUUACAAGCAGUCAGUCAUAAAACGAGAGAUUUCUCGAAUCCAAUGUACGACGCCGUACAAUCGGGUACAACGGUCGAUCCCACAUUAGGAAAUGGCUCUGGAAUUUAUGAAGUGCCAACAGAUGUAACAAAAGAUGGAAAAAUAUCGGGUUCAAACAGUAGUCAUGGACCAUUCACUGAACCAGUAUCAGCAAUUCUAGCGCCAAGUAGUAUAACCCAUAAAACAUCACCAACGCUACAAUUAAAAACUAGAAAAUUAGAUCCAUCAGCCGACACCGGUAAAGACACACAACAACUGGUCGAAGAGGAUAAGUCGGAUUGCUGAUAUUAUUUAUGGUUUAGGUUAGGUCGAUAAGCCAAACAAAAUACAAACAUCCGUGGCGUAUGUGAAAAAGAAAAAAAUUCGCCAAAAUAAUAACAACAACAAAAAAAAAACAAUUUCUAUGAACGAAAAUCAAAAUUUUCAAAUAGGAAACAUAAGUGAAUCUAUGAUGUAAAAUCAAUAGAAGCAUGCAAACAAUGGUUGAUCUAAAGCUGUAGUAGCAAAUUUUUUGUUGCAAAAAAAAAACAUUGACAACUGACGUAGACAAAUUUUUACUAUAUACAUAUAUAUAUCAAUUCGAUUCGCGAAGAAAAACCUUAAAACAAUUUUCAUCGAUUCAAUUUCAAUUGCGAUCUGACAACAACAAAAAAAAAACAACUCGAGAGAGAGCGCAUAAUAUAUCCUCCUCUCGAAAACAUUCUAAAAG